AUGAUUGUGAAAAAUGUGAGGCUUGGAGUCAGGUACUACAUCACCAUUCUCACGGCGAUCCUCGGGGGAAGCGCUCAAUUUUACAGCUAUGGAAUCGUGAACCCGUGCCAGGAGUUGAUCACCCAAUGGAUUAAUCUCACUUAUAUGGAAAGAAGUGGCACUUUUGUUAGUGAGACAAAUCUCAAUCUCAUUUGGGCUCUCGUAGUCGGCAGCGUUUCGUUGGGAGCACUUGCUGGAGCUCUUCUUGUCAGGGUUCUUUCUGAGCGAUGUGGCCGUCGGAAUGCUCUCAUUAUCAACGGGAUUUUCAACAUUAUCGGUGCUUUUUGCGAGCUGAUCGCCAGGUCGGCUAGCUCUCCCGAAUUGUUGAUCAUUGGUCGAUUCAUCCUUGGUGCGAAUAUGGGACUCACUUCCGGGGUCGUUCCAAUGUAUUUAAUGGAGUUGACGCCAGCAAAAUAUCGAGGAGCCGCUGGAACUUUGCAUAUGGUGGCCGUCUCAUUCUCUGACUGGUUUUCGUUGCUCAUUGGACUUCCUGAAGUACUUGGUGGAUCAAAUUGGUGGCCGAUCGCCUUUGCCCUCCCAGGAAUCCCAGCAUUGGCUCUCUGUUUUAUCCUACCGUUUUGCCCUGAAUCUCCAAAAUAUCUAUUGAUGACCCGUGGAAAUCGAGAAGCUGCCUAUGAUUCAAUUGUUGCUUUGGUUGGUGAGAAACAAGCAAAACCCGUCUUCAACGAACUCAUCCGAGAAAGCGCAAGAGACAAAAGUCGAUCCGGUUCUUUUUGGGAACUCUUCACGAGCAAGAAGCUCCGUCUUCCCCUACUCGUUUCUCUUCUUGUCAUGGUCGCUCAGCAGUUCACCGGAUGCACAGCUGUCUUUGCUUACUCGACUGAUAUGUUUAUCAAUGCGAAACUUGAUCCACAAACAGCUCGUUAUGCAACGCUGGCUAUCGGUGUCGUCUACUUUUUGUUCGCUUGUUCGGCUCCUUUGUUGAUUGAUCGAGUUGGGCGAAGGCCACUUUCUCUAUUCCAAUUGAUCGCUUGUCUCAUCGCUUUAUCGCUGCUCACUCUGUUCACAGGAAUUCAACAGUACGGACAAGCGACUUGGGCAAGUUACGGAACGAUCGGCGCACUCGUUUUGUACAUGUGUGUGUAUGGAGUCGGCUCGCCGAUUCCCUGGAUGAUCACCGGAGAGCUUUUCAAUCAACAUUUCCGUUCAACUGCUGUCACCGUCUCGGUCUUCGUCGCUUACCUCAUGGCGACGAUUAUCUCAUCAGCGUAUCUACCAUUUCAACAGAUGGUCGGUGUCACGUUCAGCUACAUGCCUUUCAUUGUGGUGAGUAGUAUCUCGAUUGUCGUUCUUUACUUCAUUCUACCCGAAACAAAGAAUCGUGAUGUGAAUGACAUUGUGAAUGAGGCGAGAGCUCGGAAUCACUCGCUCAGUGUCGGAAUGCCAUGGAAUGCGGUGUCGCAAGAGGGACGGACUGAGAUGAAGAAACUUCUCGACGACAUCUCUGAGGGAUAUUCAUCAAUUUCUAAC